CAGAAUGUUUGAGAUGGAAAGGGAGAAACAUGAUGAUUCUUCUCCAAGAGGAGUUAUGGAAGUGGGCAUCAGAAAUCCAGAGAAUGGCUCCAUUUCUCCUAAAGACAAACCCUCAGGUUCUCAAACCAGGUUGUCUAAUCCACGAACGUCCUCUCGCUGGCAUAAGUUCUUCAAGAUAUGGAAAAGAAGUUCCGUCAAGAGAUUACCUUCUUUUCCACCGUUAGCUGUGCCAAUGAUGUCGACAAGGAAAAGCAGAAGUGCGAGGGAGAAUGUGGCAGCGGGAAUCUACCACUUCACAUCUUCCUGGAAGAACUUCAGCCUAUCUGAACUGAAAAACGCUACCAACAAUUUUAGCAAAGAAAACUUGAUUGGCAAAGGAGGGUACGCUGAAGUUUACAAGGGUUGUUUACCUGAUGGUCAGCUUAUCGCGGUUAAGCGCCUCAAUAAGGGUACAGAAGCGCAGCAGGAACAAAGUUUCCUAUGUGAAAUAGGUACUAUAGCACACGUAGACCAUCCUAAUACUGCAAGGAUGGUUGGUUAUGGAGUGGAAGGAGGGACAUACCUAGUUCUUCAACUAUCUUCUCAAGGGAGCUUAGGAUCAUUUCUUCGUGGCUCAAGGGAAAAACUAGAUUGGGCUGCCAGGUACAAAAUAAUAUUUGGAAUAGCAAAUGGCCUAAUGUACCUUCACGAGAAUUGCCAAAGGCGGAUUAUACACAGAGAUAUUAAAGCUGAUAAUAUUCUACUUACGGAGGAUUUUGUGCCUCAGAUUUGUGACUUUGGCCUUGCAAAGUGGCUUCCUAAAGAGUGGACACAUCAUAAUGUGGGCAAGUUUGAAGGCACAUUUGGUUAUUUCGCUCCGGAGUAUUUUAUGCAUGGCACUGUCGAUGAGAAAACUGAUGUAUUUUCAUUUGGUGUGCUGCUAUUGGAGAUAAUAACUGGAAGGCAAGCACUAGAUGAUUCACAGCAGAGCCUUGUGAUUUGGGCAAAGCCUUUGCUCCAUAAGCACAACGUCAAAGAACUAAUUGAUCCUGUUCUUGGUGAUAACUACAAUCCAAAAGAGAUGAACCGCGUUAUUAUAACUGCUGGCUUAUGUGUAGAACAAAAUCCACUUAUGCGACCUCGAAUGAAUCAGGCUAUCGUCCUAAUGAAGACUGAAGACGACUGCUACAAGCAGAAUUUCCUGCGAAAGAGGACAUAUUCAGAAGAACUCUUGGAUGCAGCAGAGUACAACUCGACGAAAUGCCUGAAUGAAUUUAAACAGCUUAAUCUAAGAAGUUCAGUUUCUGAAAACAACAUGAAGACCUCAGCAGCUUAGCUAGAAUUGGUAAUUUAGUUACAGCUUAGAGAAAAAUUAUAUUUUUUGGGGUGUUUAUUAACCCUCAUAUAUAU